AUUAUAAGGACAUGUGCUUAUUAAGCAACGGCUCUUCUCUCCUUUUCUCUGAGACCUGGGCGGCUCUGACAGAUUUCCAAUAUUUGAGAGAGAGAGAGAGAGAAGGAGGGUUUACCUAUAACUCUCUUGGGUUUUUUUUGAAAGGUGAUUUGGGUUUGCUUUCUGGUUGUUUAGUGUGGAGUUGGAGUUGGAGUUGGAGUUGAAGGGACUGAUGGUUUUUUCACCUUCAAAUCCCGUGUUCAUAAUCUGCAAAGGUGCAGCUGGAAUUGCAGGGAACAUCUUUGCUUUUGGACUGUUUGUUUCACCAAUACACACAUUUAGAAGAAUAAUGAGAAACCGUGCCACUGAAGAGUUCUCAGGGCUCCCAUACAUAUAUGCCCUUUUGAACUGCUUGAUCAGCAUGUGGUAUGGAUCGCCUAUUAUAUCCCCUGAUAACAUAAUGGUUAUGACGGUCAAUUCAGUUGGUGCGGUGUUUCAAUUAGUGUACAUAACCCUCUUCAUAAUAUACGCUGAGAGAACAAAAAAGAUGAGGAUGCUGGGAUUGCUGGCAGCAGUUUGUGGUCUAAUUGCAAUCAUAGUAUAUGGGAGCUUGCAAAUUCCUGAUGCUGCUUUGCGUCGGCUAGUUGUUGGACUGCUUAGUUGUGCAUCUCUAAUAUCAAUGUUUGCGUCUCCUUUGUUUAUAAUUAACUUGGUGAUCCGGACAAAGAGUGUCGAAUUUAUGCCAUUCUAUCUCUCCCUUUCCACCUUCCUCAUGAGCACCUCUUUCUUGCUUUAUGGAAUUUUUAAUUUUGAUCUCUUCGUUUAUGUCCCAAAUGGAGUAGGAACCAUUUUGGGGAUUGUACAAUUAGCGUUGUACUUUCAUUAUAAGGAUUCGUCUAAAGGAAACUCCAGAGAACCGUUGUUAGUUUCAUAUGCAUAAAUCAGUUCCGGAAACAAGAGAGUGCAUGUGUUUUGUCUUUGACGUGAGAACAAAUCUUAUCAAAUAGGCAAAAUGAUUGAAGAGAAGAGUGGUGCGGCUUACCUACUUGAAAACAAAAAGUAUGUCCUUCGGCCUUUCAAUCUCCUCUAUGGCUCAGGUCAUCCCCCUCCCCCUCCCUCUCUCCCUCUGUCUUUCUAUGUGUGAAAGUGCAUCUAUGUGUAUCAUAGAUACUUGGAAGAGUUUGUCAGACUAGUAAUCCCAUUUUUUAAUCGGUAGCAUUCAUGAAUUGGUAUGAGUUCUACGAUGUAAUUGUUUCAGAUCAUCGGAUCAACUUCUUCUCAUCUUUCCUGCAUCAAGUUGAAACCUGUAAAGCCGUUUUUAUAUGGCUUUAGCAGCUUCACUAUUGAUAUAUGUCAAGGAAAAGAACGGAAGAGGUCAAGGUUCAGAUGUGAAACACAUCCUGCCUUAUUUGUACAAUCAAUACAGUGUCACGGUUUCAAUUCCACUUUCCUUUCUCAGCUUCUUUUUUGCUUUUGUGAUUUGUGAUUGUACCUUCUGCUUCAGAAUCAAUCAUGAAAUACUUUUCGAUUUGCU